AUGCCUGCCUUUUGGACCUUUGCCUUGUUACUGAUCCAUGCCGCUAGAGGAAAGGAAGUUUGCUACAAUCGAGUAGGCUGCUUUACUGAUGAUAUACCGUGGGCUGGAACAGUACAACGGCCAAUUGCAAGAUUACCCUGGUCUCCAGAAAGAAUAAACACCCGCUUCCUUCUGUAUACUCGAAGGAACCCUAACAACUUCCAGGUAAUACUGACUCACAUUAAUCCAGAAACUAUUGAUUACUCAAACUUUAAUGCCAGCAAGAUCACUCGCUUUAUUACCCAUGGAUUUAUAGAUCAAGGUGAAGAAAACUGGCUGUCAAACAUGUGCAAGAGGAUGUUUGAAAAGGAAGAUGUGAAUUGCAUCUGCAUAGACUGGAGCAGUGGCUCCAGGUGUUCAUACACCCAAGCAUCAAACAAUAUCCGUGUGGUGGGAGCUGAAGUGGCUUAUUUUAUCGAUACCCUUAAGGAAAAGUAUGGAUACUCUCCAUCCAUGGUACAUUUCAUUGGCCACAGUCUUGGGGCACAUGCAGCUGCUAUGACAGGGAAAAGAAUAAAAGGACUUAGAAGAAUAACAGGCCUAGAUCCAGCUCAGCCUUAUUUUCAAGGCACACCAGUUGAAGUCAGACUGGAUAAAAGUGAUGCCGAUUUUGUUGAUGUGAUUCAUACUGAUUCAGCUCCAACCAUUCCAUAUCUGGGCUUUGGGAUGAGUCAAGCUGUGGGUCACCUUGAUUUUUACCCAAAUGGAGGAGAACACAUGCCAGGAUGUAAGAAGAACCCCGUUUCACAAAUAGUGGACAUUGAUGGAAUCUGGGAAGGAACCCGUGACUUUGUGGCCUGUAACCAUCUGCGGAGCUACAAAUAUUAUUCAGAUAGCAUUAUUGACCCAGAUGGAUUUUUGGGUUACCAGUGUGCUGCAUACAACCUAUUUGAAGCAGGCAGCUGCUUCCCAUGCCCAAGUGGUGGAUGCCCUAAAAUGGGUCACUAUGCAUAUGAAUAUAAGGACAAUAUCACCUCUGGAUUGAUGAAGCUUUACCUGAAUACUGGAGAUGCCAGGGAUUUUGCCCGUUGGAGGUACAAGGUAUCAGUCACAAUUUCUGGAAAAAGUGCUGUCCGUGGGCGCAUAAAUAUUGCUAUAUAUGGAACUGGAGGGAAUACAAAGCAGUAUGAAAUUUACAAGGGGAAGAUCACACCUCAUGAGACCUACACCAACCAGAUUGAUGUAAAACUUAAUGUUAGAACAGUUACUAUGGCCAAGUUUCUUUGGAACAACAAUAUCAUAAAUCCAACACUUCCCAAGCUGGGAGCAUCAAAGAUUACAGUGCAAGAUGGAGAAUAUGGGAACAUAUUUAAUUUCUGUGGCAGCGACACCGUGAGAGAAGAUGUUCUGCAAACGCUUACACCAUGCUAG